UGCGUCGGCCAUGUGGGUCGGAAGUGGCUGGGAAGGAAAUGGGGGUGCUGAAUUUGGAUUUUGGAGGGGUCACUGGUGGACGGAAUGACCGGGUACAUGGACUUGAUGUCAAUGGAGGAUCAGGACGCCAGGGUUCCAGCUCUGGAACCAUUCAGGGUGGAGCAGGCACCACCUGUAAUCUACUAUGUCCCUGACUUCAUCUCCAAGGAAGAGGAGGAGUAUUUGCUUCGACAGGUCUUCAAUGCCCCCAAACCAAAGUGGACCCAGCUCUCCGGGAGGAAGUUACAGAACUGGGCACCUCAUUUCCCUCCCCAAGGUGGGCUCCCCCAUCCCCGGGGGAUGGUUCCUGAACGGCUGCCACCGUGGCUCCAGCGUUACGUGGACAAAGUGUCUGACCUCAGCCUUUUUGGGGGUCUCCCAGCCAACCACGUCCUUGUGAAUCAGUAUCUGCCUGGGGAGGGCAUCAUGCCCCACGAGGAUGGGCCACUGUACUACCCGACUGUCAGCACCAUCAGCUUGGGCUCCCACACCAUGCUGGACCUCUACGAGCCUCGGCAGCCAGAGGAUGAUGACGCUACAGAGCAGCCCCGGCCCCCGCCCCGGCCGGCCACCUCGCUGUUGCUUGAACCGCGCAGCCUGCUGGUGCUCCGUGGCACCGCCUACACGCGCCUCCUCCACGGCAUCGCAGCCGCCAGCGUAGACGCGCUCGACACCGCCUCCCUGCCGCGCAACGCAGCCGCCUGCCCCUCGGCGCAGGCUGGAGCCCGCCUGGUCCGCGGCACCCGCAUCUCGCUGACCAUCCGCCGCGUACCCCGCGUGCUGCGCGCCGGCCUCCUGCUCAGCAAGUGACGCCAGGACCCAGGACCCGCUCGGAUUCCCGAGCUCUCGCCUGCUCUGGACUGCUGGCGCCCUGUGGGCAGAGGCGGUUCCCCCCGGGUUAUUUUCCCAGUACCUGUGAGGGAACCACAGGAAAAGACCCCAUUCCAAAUAAACCACCAACAAAACAA